GAAACAGAGCCAGAGAAUAAAAGGAGGAGAGAGUGCCAGGCAGGGGCAGAUGUACACUUAGGGGGCACACACUCGCAAAUGGAUUAAUUCGACCUCUCUGGCCUCAGGACUUCAGGCAUCAAGCAAGGGAAGCCCAAGGGGCCAGCUUGCCCUCGCCUUUGGGCAGGACUUCCCCAAACCAGUAGCUGUGAAGAGCAAAAAGGAUGGGGCGGCUUUUUGCUCUGACCUCAAUGCUGAUGGUAGCAGUGGUGGCCUCCUGGGUCAUCACAGCUACAGCCGCUGACACCUCAGACAAAAGAAGUUGCUCUGAAUGUCACAGCAAUGCCACUUGCAUGGAGGAAGGGGCUCUCACGACGUGCUCCUGCCAUGAGGGCUUCACUGGUGACGGCCUCGACUGCGUGGACCUGGACGAAUGCGCCAACCCGGAGGCCCACAACUGCUCCAGCGACAGCAGUUGCGUGAACAUCCCGGGCUCCUACGUGUGCGCAUGCGCCCAGGGCUUCCGUCUGACACCCGAGCUGGGCUGCACCGACGUGGACGAGUGCGCAGAGCCGGAGCUCAGUGGCUGUCAUCCCCUGGCCUCUUGCACCAAUGGCCACGGCAACUACUCGUGUGUGUGCCCUGCGGGCUACUGGGGGGACGGGCGGCUCUGCGAGUGCUCCCCGGGCUCCUGCGGGCCGGGGCUGGACUGCGUGCCCCAGGGCGAGGCGCUCGUGUGUGCCGACCCGUGCCAGGCGCACAGCACCCUGGACCAGUACUGGCGCAGCUCCGAGCACGCGAGUGGCUACACCUGCGACUCGAACCUGCGCGGUUGGCACCGCUUCGUGGGGAGGGGCGGCACGCGCCUGGCUGAGACCUGUGUGCCCACCCUGCACUGCAACACAGCCGCACCCAUGUGGCUCAACGGCACGCACCCGUCCAGCGACGAGGGCAUCGUGAGCCUCACGGCCUGCGCGCACUGGAACGGCGACUGCUGCCUGUGGGACGCGCCCGUCCAGGUGAAGGCCUGUGCCGGCGGGUACUAUGUCUACAACCUGACGCCGCCUCCCGAGUGCCAUCUGGCGUACUGCACAGACCCCAGCUCUGUGGACGGGCCCUGCGAGGACUGCAGUGCCGAAGAGGACUGCAUAUCGGAGAACGGCAGGUGGCGCUGCGAGUGCAAACAGGACCUGAAGGGCGCAAGCAUGGACCUCUCUCACCUGGAUUACACGCUGGAGUGUGGGGCCAAUGACAUCAAAGUGUCCCUGAGCAAGUGCCAGCUGAAGAGCCUGGAGUUUGAGAAGAUCUACAUGUACCUGCGUGACAGCCAGUGUUCAGCCUUCGCCGAGAGGGGCGAGCGGGUCUGGAUGUCUGUGGUGACCCCGGCCAGGGAUGGCCCCUGUGGCACAGCAAUGACAAAAAACGAAACGCAUGCCACGUACAGCAACGUCCUCUACCUGGCAAAAGACAUCAUCAUCCGUGACGUCGACACCCACUUCAACUUUGAGUGCUCCUACCCCCUGGAUAUGAAAGUCAGCCUGCAGACCUCCCUGGAGCCUAUGGUCAGUGGCCUGAACAUCAGCAUGGGCGGGACCGGCCUAUUCACCGUGCGGAUGGCGCUUUUCCAGAGCCCCGCCUACAGGCAGCCCUACCAAGGAUCCUCCGUGACCCUGUCCACCGAGGCCUUUCUCUACGUGGGCACCAUGAUGGAUGGGGGCGACCUGUCCCGGUUUGCACUGCUAAUGACCAACUGCUACGCCACGCCCAGCGGCAUCGCCACAGACCCCCUGAAGUACUUCAUCAUUCAGGACAGGUGUCCACGUGCUGAGGACUCCACCAUCCAGGUGCUGGAGAACGGGGAGUCCCCUCAGGGCCGGUUUUCAGUCCAGAUGUUCCGAUUUGCGGGGAACCAUGACCUGGUCUACCUACACUGUGAAGUGUACCUGUGUGACACGGUGAAUGAAAAGUGCAAACCUACCUGCUCCAGGACCAGAUCCCACCGUGGGGGCAUCAUAGACCAAACCCAUGUCCUGAACUUGGGUCCCAUCGUGCGAAAAGGUGUCCAGGCCACAACCUCGGGCGCUGCUCCCAGCAAUAUGGGGCUCCUGAAGGUCUGGCUGCCUCUGCUGCUGUCGGCGACCCUGACCCUGAUGGCACAGUGAUCGGCAGGCGGAAACCCUGUGCCCUCUGGCUGCCACGUCACUUGCUGCCGGCUGGGGAGGCGACGCAGCCUAGCGCUGCAGACACAGAAAGGGCCCUCACACUGGAGUCAGCUGUUUUCUCCUCUUUUCUCUCCUUCCAUCCUCGCUCCCCCAAACAGCCUGUGUCUUUAAAUGCUGCCUUCUCUCAAAACGGGGCUUGUGACGUGUCUGCACAUGAGGCCCCUGUCUCCCUCAAGAGGGUGGCAAAAUGAUAAUUUUAAAAGCUCAUCCUUGUGAAGUCAUUCAUUCAUUUAGC